ACCAGAAGAAGAAAAAUAAGAUGGUCCUUGUGGAGAACGAGGAAGUACAGGUAAAUAAUGACUCAGACGGCUGAGCCGGUAAGUUUUAGUUGACUGUUUCUAAAACCAAUAACUGUCGUCAGUGCUAUCACCCUAAUGGCGCAGUUCGGUGAGAACAACGGUCGCGAAGCUGAAGAACAUGAAGGGACAAACGGCAGAAAUGCCCCAGAGCUUGCGUGUGGGACCGGUGACCCCGGGUUGACAGUCCCUCGGGAACUGUGGCCAUCAAAUCAUGACCAGAGGAAAAAGUUAGUCCUGCACAUCGACCUCAACAACACCAUACUGGUGUCGGACACCGUGAUAGCUCAGGGGAUAGAAGCUGCCCUGGACCAUUUCCUCUCGACUGUCACCUGGGGAAAGAUUAGCAAAAAAGGAAAGUGGGAAUGGCUGAGUGACUCGGCCUCCCUGCUCCCACCGUGCGAUGAUGCAGUUAGUUACUACUCUCAUUUUGGAAAGAUAGCAGGUUUCACCUCCGCUGCAGGGAGACGUUUCCGCGGGAUUCUGGAUGAACAUCUGGAGCUGCUCCGCUGGCCUGAGGGCACCAAGGGAGACAGAGAGCUGUCUGUAAAAGGAGCGGGUGGACAACUGUACCACUGGAUCCUCCCUUCCUUCUUCCAGCUGCUCAAAGACCUGGUGCAGGAAGGAAGGGAGUUUGCCAUCAUUUUCCGUUCGUUUGGAAGCGACCUACCUCGUGUGCUGAGCGCUGUCUCCAGAGCGCUGAAUGAAGGGGCUCAUCCACUGUUCCCUGAUCUGCCCGAUCUCAAGUUAAAUGUGAAUACGACUCCGGGCAAGAUCCGCUGCAGCAGGAGGGGAAUCGUCGUGAGCCGUGCCAAGGAAAGCAUUUCCACUCGUGAUGGAGAAAGAGGCCUGUACCAGUACUUCAGCUCAGUCCAGGGCCUGGGGGGCUUUCAGGACCACUACGACUGGUGGGCCAGUAACACCUUCUCCAUCCGCGGGGGGAAGCCGUUGUGGGUCGACCCCUUUGACCAACACGUUCAGCACAUCUUCAUAGACGACCACAUACGACAGGACGACGAGCAUACCAUUGUUCAUCCCAAGGUUUUCCUGGACCCAGGUGGCACUGAGACUCGUACAGCCUGCACCUCUGAGCUCUAUGACAUCACACUGGUCCAGACGGACCUCCUUCGGGCCAUUUCUCAUCCAAGCUACUUCACUCAGCGCGUCCACAUCUGUCUGGAAAACUACGAGAGGAAUCUCCAGCAGGGAGCAGGCUAGAACACCGCUCAACUGUAUGUCUGUCUCUGUGACAACCUCCAGUUUAGGGUUCCAUUAACCCAGACACCACAGCACAGACAGGGGAUGCAGACACGCUAGACUGUAGGUAUGGCUAUUAAACACACAGGUUGAUGACUUAUAGAAGAACCAGAGUUCAUCAAACCACGAAUGGAAGAGGUUUACAUACAGGUGAGGUUACAGGAAUCAAUAUGCAGAUUAGGAAAGAUCACAGUUACUGAAGAUGGGAGCUAGAUAAGUAGGAAUUAAAUUCAAACUGUGUAGUAGCGUUCACACUUCAUCUACUCCAGGAGAGCGGUGAAAGGAUGUCAGCUUAUACAAAGAUCGCUUCACAAAUAGAUUGUACUGUCUGCUGUCCUAAGGUGAACCGCCACAAAAGAAGAGUUCUUGGCUUGAUUAAGCACUAAAGUGGCCAGGCAAGACUCUUUGAUUGCAUCAAAGGCUCUGUUACUAAUCACGCCACAGGAUAAUUGCCCGGACUCUCUGAAAUUUUUGUCGGACAGCAUAAUUGGGGUCAGAUAUGGUGAGAAAACCCUUCAAGUGUUGCGUUAUUUGUCUAGCGAGUAGAAUCCACCGGGGUUUUGCUCCUUCAUUUGUCAUUCUCAGGGUGUGACACUUUCAUUUAGCUUCUCCCAGAGAGCGUUUAAACUUGUUUACAUCCACUCACAACUGAAAGGUAAUACUUGAAUAUGUGCAGAUGGCUGAAAAACUACUUUGUAACUAAAGGGUAAUACCUCAAA